AUGUCGGCGGCGGCCGCGGCCCGGGACGGGCUCGGGGAGGGCGCGGGCGGCGCCGCGGGAGGCGGCGAUGGCGGCGGGGGAGGGAUCCUGAACCGCUUCGUGCAGCUGCCGGGCAGGCCGCGGGCGGCGGGUCACCGCUGCCCCCCCGCCCGGAGCGGCCAUCGCUGCGUGGCCGACAGUUCCAACCUCUACGUCUUUGGGGGCUACAAUCCCGACUAUGAUGAGUCUGGAGGGCCAGAAAAUGAAGAUUAUCCUCUCUUCAGAGAGCUCUGGAGGUACAACUUUGCCACAGACACCUGGCACCAGAUGGGCACUGAAGGUUACAUGCCCAGGGAACUGGCCUCCAUGUCACUUGUUUUACAUGGCAACAACCUCCUGGUUUUUGGUGGCACUGGGAUCCCCUUUGGAGAGAGCAACGGCAACGACGUCCACGUGUGCAACGUCAAGUACAAGAGAUGGGCCCUGCUCAGCUGCCGUGGCAAAAAACCCAACCGCAUCUACGGCCAGGCCAUGGCCAUCAUCAAUGGCUGUCUCUACGUGUUUGGGGGAACAACUGGCUACAUUUACAGCACUGACCUGCACAAGCUGGACCUCAACACCCGGGAAUGGAUCCAGCUGAAACCCAACAAUAUGUCCUGUGACAUGCCAGAGGAGAGGUACAGACAUGAAAUUGCUCAUGAUGGUCAAAGGAUUUAUAUCCUGGGAGGUGGAACUUCCUGGACAGCCUAUUCCUUGGAUAAGAUCCAUGCCUACAACCUGGAAACCAACACCUGGGAGGAGAUCACCACAAAACCCCACGAGAAAGUCGGCUUCCCAGCAGCCAGAAGAUGCCACAGCUGUGUUCAGAUAAAAAAUGAUGUGUUCGUGUGCGGAGGCUACAACGGGGAGGUGAUCCUGGGGGACGUUUGGAAACUGAACCUGCAAACCUUCCAGUGGGUCAAGCUCCCAGCUGCAAUGCCAGAGCCUGUGUACUUCCACUGUGCUGCUGUCACCCCAGCUGGCUGCAUGUACGUCCACGGCGGCGUGGUCAACAUCCACGAAAACAAACGGACUGGCUCCCUGUUCAAAAUGUGGCUGGUGGUGCCCAGCCUGCUGGAACUGUGCUGGGAGAAGCUUCUGGAAUCUUUCCCUCACCUAGCAACUCUCUCCAGAUCCCAGCUUUUGCACCUUGGACUGACGCAGGGACUCGUGGAGCGACUAAAAUGAGAACAUUUCCCACUUGUGUCCAAGUCUCACCACCUUGAAGAAUUCCCCCUCCCACCACCCCCCUAUUUAUGGAUUCCAUGGAUGGUCUUGCUAAGAACAUGGAGGAACCUGCUCAAGGCCUUACUCAGCAAAUACAUCAAUGCCUUUCCAGACAUUGUUACUUUUAGUCAUUGGGGAAAAAGAAAAAAAAAAAAAAAAAAAAAAACCACAAAAAAAUCCCCUUUUUAUUUAUGGAGCUAAAGUUACACCACGAAUCCAAAAGUAUUUUCUGAGACUUAAGCAGCCAACCAGCAACCUGUCAUCAGCACAUGCUUGCUAAUUAAUUGGGGAGCUUAAUGAGGUGUUGAAUGGCUGAGCCUGUGCUUACACCUGGCACCUUCACCUUGGUAUUCCCACCCUUGUAUCCAACAUUUGCUGCAGAACAACCACCAAACCUUCUCUGGCUUUGGAUAACCCCUCCCUCCCACCCAUCUGAGCUGUCCCAUGUCCAAAUCCAGCCCAGUUCCUGCAGCCCUGCAUGUGUUCCAUGGAAUGUCCCCAGCCCUGAGCUCCUGGAGACGGCUGGAACGUCCCCCUGCAGCUUCCCUGGUGCACUGCCUGUGUCCUCCCCUUUCCAUUCUCACAGGUUUGCUUGCAACACUGGGAAAAAAUUACCCCUUAAGGGAUUGCUGUGUGGUUUGCUGGGGGUGGGGAGGGUUUUUUGAACCUUUUCAGCUCACUUUGCACCCAGAACAAGCUGCAGCAAACCCUCAGAGUUCUGAGUUCUCGGCAUCUCCCAGCUUUUGGUUUUCCUUCCUUCUACAUGUUCCAAAUUGGCCUUUUUCUUCUUGUUUUGGGUGGUUUAAAGCUGGUUUGGGGAGUGGCUCUGUGGAUUGCUCAGCCCAGGAUAUUCAGCAUGCAAAAAAAAAGGGGAGAGGGAACAUCUCUCCCUCCUGCUGGCAACAGGGAUUGUCUCUGCACAGGAAAGGGGGACUCUGCUCCUCUUCUUGUGCUCUCUACACUGAAUUUAAGUGUCCACUGAACUCAGCAGCUCCAGGCAUGAGGUUUGUGCAAAAUCCUUUUCAGUUGGAGCCCAUUUUUAAGUGCCUUUUGUUUUUAAAAUCAGCUUUUCUCAAUGCUUUCCUCUUCAUCAAAGGCAGAGGUUACACUCUGGGGUUUUAGUUUCUUUUUAAAAGAUGGCAUUUAUGUUUAAAUAAAUCAUAGCAUUGUCUUCAUGUUGUUAAUCCAAA